AUGUUCCGUGCUAUUGCUACUCGUGCUCCCACUUGCGCUCGUGCUAUCGGUCGUCGCAACGCUUCCACCAACGUUGCUGUCCAAAACCUCGAAUCUCGUUGGACCACUCUUUCUACUGCCGAGCAAAACUCCAUUGCUAAGCAACUUGAGGAAGCCCAAAAGGGUGACUGGAAGGUCUUGUCUCUUGACGAAAAGAAGGCUGCCUACUAUGUCGCUUUCGGUCCCCAUGGUCCCCGUACUCCCGUCAACGGUCCUGGUCACAACGGUAAGGUCUUCGCUGGUGUUGCCGGUGUUUUGGCUGCCUCUGCCGCUCUCUUCUAUGUCAUCCGUGCCAACGGUGGUGAGAAGCCCCACACCAUGACUCCUGAAUGGCAAGAACAGACCAACGAGUACUUGAAGAGCCAAAAGAGCAACCCCAUCACUGGUAUCUCCUCCGAGGGUUACAAGGGCAAGGGCUACCUCGAUUGCUAA